UUACCGUAGCCUUUGAACUGCGCCUGCGCCAAAAAACAACAAAACGCUUAAUCAAUAAAAACAUAAAAUUUAGUGCGCAAGGAGCAUCAGCAGCAGAAACAGGAACAAAACAAUAUUCCCGAAGGAUAAGGACAACAAAACAGACAGUACAUUUUGUAGAUGAAGGAAGUAUAUGAUUUAUAGCAAAAGCAUACGGAGUUUUUGAUUUCGUCACCUGCAGAAGGGCAAAAGGAACAAAAUAACAAAAACAACAGGAAGACUAAGUGCGGAGAGCAGGAGAAGGUCAGAGGAAUUACGCAGAGACGGAUAGAGAGUGUAUGGCAGAAUCGUUUCACGUCCUAAUUUGAUUAGGACCAACUUAAGCAGCAGACAAGUCAGCAGAAUCGACCAUCGCUAGUCAAAACAAUCUGCAAGGAAGAACAAUCAAAGUGGAAGAAAAGGAGAUAGAAACAGUAAACAAUCAAUCGAAUAAGGAAGGAGCUGCAGAAGGACAGAAAGAGGAUCAUAAGAAGAGACAAAGAAAAGUAAAAGAGAAUAUCCAUCAAAAUCCGACAAAGAGAAGCUCUAGAAGAGCGCGGGAGCUUCGGAAGAAUCUGAAGAUUAGAAAAAAGAACAGGACACAAUGUAUAAAACCAUAAGGCACGGUGAAAACAGUCUGCAGUAUACGAUUCUGCCGCAGAACGACGACUUCCGCAUCGAGGGCAAACUGUCGGGCACCGGACGUUCCUCCGGCGUCGGAGCCUCGUCCUCCGGCUCUUCCGCCUCCUCUUCCGGAUCCUCGGUCAAGGUCAAGGGUCAGCGCCGCCGACGAUCCUUCUUCGCCUAUUUGGGCCUAAUUUUCGUUUGCACCGUCAUUAUUGGAGCCGUGCUUAUACCCUUUUUGGUCUCCGCCGAGUGUCUACCAAAUCCCACGGAAUGGUUCUUGAAAACCAAGGCGGCCCUGGUCCACAGCCCACAAAGAGGCGGUGGUGAAAGGGCAGAGACUGUCCCUGGUAGUCCCACAUUGCCCACAGGAUCACCCUUGUUGCAGCAGAAUGUGGGCAGGAACGUGCAGAUCGUGAAUCGGAAUGGCAUAGAGCAGUUUGUGAUCCGCUUGAAUAAAACCAAUACGAAUGCCAGUACCACCAGUGGCACCACCGCCACGGAAACCACUUCGACCAGCAGCAGCAGCACCACCACGUCCACCACCACAACCACACGAGCUCCCACUACGACAACAACGACAACGACCAGCACAACGACAACAACCAGAGAGCCACCAGUGACCACACCACGAUACAUGCCACCGGCCACCACAAUCACCACCCGAAUCAUCCAGGUGCCCCUACUCAAGUCCGCCGCAAAGAAACCCAUCAUGCCACCCGUUUUGGCCAAGGCCCAAGGACCUCAAAUCCAAACCGGAGCUGGCCAGAAUUCCAGGAUGCAAGUGCAAUCAUCGGAUGCGGAGGAACAAGCUCGGGAAUCGAGUGACGAGAAGAGCAACAGCGCCUGGAUAAAGACGCACUGGGCCUUCAUCGAUCCCUCGACCUUAUUUCAGUGGACCGGUUACAAGGACGAGGAUAGCGUGCUGCUGCCCGCUCUUUUGGGAUUCGCCCUCAUUGGAGUGAUUCUGAUUAUAACCGUUUGCCUGGUGGCACGCAACAAGCGCACAAUUGUGUCCUCCGUUCGCAAGCGAAAUCGCAAUGACAUCGAGGAUCAGGGCGCCGAGGAUAACGCCACUCUGCUGACCACCACAAAUAUGUCGGACGACGAUUAAUUGGAACUCGUCUAGAUGAUUCCCACUUUAAUCCCGAUUAACCUUCGAUUCAAGCUUUUUGUUUAUCGGCCUGCUUAAGCUGGGAUUUCCGUUUAAUGGCACACAUUUGUAUUUACCUAGAUAUAAGCUAAGAAAGCCCCACAACAUAUAGUAUGUACAGCAGCGGUCAAAAUAAUAGUAUUAGUAUCGCCAUAAAAACAUACCUUUGAGGCAUAAAACAAAUUUUCCUAUAAUUUAUCAUAUUGCUUACUUACCAAAAAAAAAAAAAAUAGGCUUAAGAAACCUUUAUUUAAGUUUUAAAAGAAAGUAUGCAAGCUUUUAAUGAUUCUUUAAAAUUCACUUUUCAGUAUGCUGUACUAAAUGGUUCUGUAAUCAUUUCAGAAAAUAAUUCAUACAAAUUUUUGGGAUAAUCUAUUUUUUUACUUCAAAAUUUAAAAAUAUUUUAAAAUGGUUUAUCUAUAAUAAUAGUUUUUCACAUUUAUGGUAUUAUCUUCAUGAAAAUAUUUCAAAUUGUUUCUAAAGUUGCUCCCAGCUAUCCUUGAUUACUAUUUGCAAAAGUUAAAACACUUUUAUUUUGACCACAACUGUAUAUCGGAUCUCAGCGCUGUCCAAAAAGAGCCAAGCUAAUAUGUUAAAAAAACCAAAAUGCAAAAAAACUUUCUCUGUUAUGUUUCUUCUUCCCUUUCUCCAAAAAAAAGCAAGCGGAAACUGAAACAAAAAAAAAGAAAAGAAGACUGUUUCUGAAACAACAAAAUGAACACAAACACAAGCGAGCUAAUCUUUAUAGUUUUCCAAACAAAAUAAUUCCUGCUUUAAUAACUCGUUUUUCGAAAGUCUUUUUUUUUCCCAUCCCAACAAUUUUAUAUGCGUCUGAAUGAGUGUGUGAUUGACUCUGUGUGUGUGUGUGUGUGCGUGUGUGUGUGGAAGAGCUUGAUUUAAAUAUCCAUACGUAUAAAUAUAAUAUUUAUGAGCUAGCUCGAUAUGUAAUUUGAGUUGAAAAAUUUAUAUUAAUGAAAAUCUACUUUUUUGAUAGAUUUUUGUGUGGUAAAUCCAAAUCUGAUCAAAAAAAAUUUCCGCUUUCACCAUUUCCUCAAAAGUACAACUUUUUGGCUUUAAGAUAUUUCUUUCCAAAUAAUAAUACAACAAACAAAGAAAAGUUCAUUUUCAUUAGUGUUUAAAAAAAGGGUAGAAUUUUGUAACUCGUAUUACAAAGAAAUUAGUGAACUAAUGAGUACAGUGCGUUUCAGGGCUCUAGGGGUCUAUAAAAACUAAUUUCAAACUAAUAUACUUUGUAAACUAAAGCGAGCUUUUUUAAAUUUAAUUUUACUCCAACAAAAAGUUUAGCGAUCUUGCUGCUCUGAGCCGCACUGUACCACGAAAUUUAUUUGGAAAAGCGUAAAAUAUGUACUUAUAAGUUAAAUAUGUCACCAGACCCAAAAAUCGGUGUGAGCCCUAGGAAAACACACUCAAAUCAAAUGAAAACGUCCAGAAAUAAGAAUCUUUUUUUGAGCAAGCUGUGCUUCUACUUAUCGAGCGUGGACUGUACUUGAUUUUCAGCACAAAAUUAUUGAGGGAUGCAUUUACGCCUGGGAUCCUGCAUAAUUUGCAGCCAAAAAGCACACAACAAAAUAAAAUGCUUGCCGAAAAAAUCCAGAUGGGGACAGUGUAUAAGCGAGGAGGGGAAUAGAGUUUGUAGCGGGGGGACUACUGUAUGUCUAUAUAAAUUGUGUAUAACUGUGAAGCAUUGACAAGUAUUUGAGAUGAUCUGUAUUUUUGUAAGCGUAAUAUUUAAAGCGACAACCAAUAAAAACCAAAAAACAAAUUCAGAGAAGCAACUAUAUAGCGUAAGAUAAAGAUAUCGGGCGCAGCACUCGCAACUCAAAAUUGAUUUGCUCAACACACAUAAUAUAUACAUACAAUAUAUAUAUACAUAUAUAUAUAUAUUAUAUACAAACAAAAAUAUGUAACGCAAUGUAUAAGGCUUGCAUUUACAUUUACGAGCGGGAUAUAUCCUCCAUAUGUAUAUGUUAUCACUAAUUUGCAAAGCUAAACUAAGUCCAUGUAUACAAAAACAAGAUAUCCGGCG